AUGCUGAUGAUUGUGGCUACAACAAUGACCACACCGGUGGCAGCCUCCUGCCGCACGCCCAAUGCCACGCCGGCGGCUUGCCCCCGACCACGCCGGUGGUCUGCUGCGACCUGCGGCGCAUUAAUUCUCUCCUCUUCUUCACAGUACGGCUUCGUGCCUUCUUACAGCGCCCGGCGGGACCAUAGCGUGACCAUCUGGCCUGGGCUCGGUCAUAGACGCAGACUGCACCGCUUCGUCCCUCCCCUCUUCUUUGGGGGAGAGGAGGCCCUUACCAUCUUUGUGGACAAAAGGCAACUGAGUAAAAAGUCGGAGGUGUCGGACUCUUCGGGGAACUCAUCGGCGGUUACCCUGGAGACGCUGCACCAGCUGGCCGCCUCCUAUUUCAUCGACCGGGAGAGCACCCUGCGCAAACUGCACCACAUCCAGAUCGCAUCCACAGCCAUCAAGGUAUUUUUAAUUUGUGACGCUUCAAAGGAGUCUCCUACAUAA